ACAAAAUAAAGGUCAGUGUGGUCCAGUGUUGUUUGAACACAGACAUUCUUCAAAAUUUCAUCCACAGAUAAAAGGUCAUAAAGGUUUGGAACGACAUGAGGGUGAGUAAAUGAUGAAAGAAUUUUCAUUUUUGGGUAAACUAACCCUUUAAAGUUGGGAGUUUUGAACAAUCAUUAACCGUAAGUAUAAAUGUUGAAAAUGCAAGUUAGCUUAACACACUUUAAGGAACUAUUUUUCUUUAGUACUGCUCACUGUUUGUACAUGCAAAAGUUCCAGGCCCCACGUGGCUGCACCACUAUAGUAAAGCUGUUUGUUAUUCAAAUUUGGGGUGAAAUCAGGAAAAAAGCGAAGGCAGGUGUUUAUCAUCACACAUGAGUCAGAAUAAUGCAAAGGAGUGAAGGGGAAUCCCUGAUUCUCCCCCGCAGUACCCACUGACGAAGGGUCUGGUUAUCCACUGCGCUGUGCUGCAAUGAAUGGAAAGGGUAAGAUAUAUGGAAAUACCAACACCAGGCCAAGUGGGGAACCAAAAGCAGACCGAAUCUCCAGCUGCUGUUCUUCUGUGUGUGAGCUGAGAUCUUCCUAUAGACAGCUUCAAAUGUCAAGGUCCUGGUUUUAACAAAUGAACCUGUGUCUUAAAGGUUAAAUGCACCUACUUAGAAAAGUAAAAGCAUUCAUUGUUCUAUAAAUGCAGAUUUUUACUUGACAAAAGGUGGCUUUAGAACUAAAUUGUAGUGUUGCACCACCAGCAUUCACCUUCAAAUGAACACAUGUCCAGCUGUGAGCAUUCAUUAAUUUCCCAAACAAACCUAGGGAGGGACAUCUAUAAGCAAGCUCAUAAAAGCAUCAUGGACCUGCCAGAAAAUGCAACUAUUGUUCGUGUCGGGAACAGAACGACAAGUUCUUUCAGAUCAAAUUAAUAUCCUAACUAUGAAGCACAGUGCAUUCACUCAUUGCUGGAUGUGCCAAUUGCAGUAAUGAACUGGUCUUUUCAGUCAAACUUUAUGAGCGCUUUUGCUGUGAGGUAUUUGUUUCUGCACCAAAGACAUUCUCUUCCUUAAACAACCUAUGCUAUUUUAUCAGAUAAUGUACAUGGUUUAUGGGGCCUCUUCUAGGAACUAAAAAAGUGCAAGGGUCUUAAAAUAAAGCACCUGUAUUGGUAUAUUUGUCUGAACUUUCAUUUAAAGCUUGUUUUUUUAGCGAAGCGAGUGCAACUUCCUUAGUCUGUUCAGAAGUGUCACAACAGAAGUAGGCCGAUACUGCGAAAGAGGAAAUUGACUAAGAGAUUCUCAGAAUCUUUGUGGCUAGUGGUCAUGUGACUAGCCGGAAUGCGCUUUGAGGCUGGGGCUCAUUUGCAUAUUGGCGCUUUUGGAAGGAAAAGGUGUCGGCCUCUGAGCGGAGCUCGUACGCCCGUUUGUUUACAUCUGCACCUUAUUUGGGCCCCUGUUCUUGUUUUGAGUCACUCACUAGCACAUAAAUGAGUAUGAUAAAGCCCGCCAAAAGAAGAGUUUGCAGAACGAACCAUGCAGCUUUUGCAUGCAUGCGUGCAUUACAGAAUUUGCCUGCAAUCAAACCGCUCAAGUAGUUACUUGCUCCCUAAUUUUAGACACUACAAUAAAUCUGAUCAGGUUUACGGAGACCAGGAUAUGCACGAAGUCGUCCGCAAACAUUGCAUGGAUUACUUGAUGAAAAAUGCAGAUUACUUCUCAAACUAUGUGACAGAGGACUUCACUACAUACAUCAACAGAAAGAGGAAGAACAACUGUCACGGGAACCAUAUUGAGAUGCAGGCUAUGGCGGAGAUGUACAAUCGGCCAGUGGAAGUUUAUCAGUACGGCACAGAACCAAUCAACACGUUCCAUGGCAUCCAUCAAAAUAAUGACGAGCCAAUCAGAGUUAGUUACCAUCGGAACAUUCACUACAACUCAGUCGUGAAUCCCAACAAAGCCACGAUUGGAGUUGGGCUCGGACUUCCUGCCUUCAAACCAGGGUUUGCAGACCAGUCACUCAUGAAGAAUGCAAUUAAAACAUCAGAGGAAUCCUGGAUUGAGCAACAGAUGCUGGAGGACAAGAAGAGGGCCACAGAUUGGGAAGCCACCAAUGAAGCCAUAGAAGAGCAAGUGGCCAGAGAAUCGUACUUACAGUGGCUUCGAGACCAAGAGAAACAGGCACGUCAGCCUCGUAAGGCCAGCGCUACGUGCAGCUCCGCCACGGCUGCGGCCUCCAGUGGUUUGGAAGAAUGGAAUGCCCGAUCUCCACGGCAACGCAGCUCCGCCCCCUCUCCGGAGAUUCCUGAUCCUUCGCAUUCGGACACACCCGCUAAGCCCCCCUCCCCGGCCGGAGCGGCCCUCACACUCUCCAAACCCCCGUCACCCUGUGCACCAGGUCCCAGUAACCAGGCUUGCGUCGGACCAGACAGACCCACCUCGUCUUCUCUGGUGUCUCUGUAUCCAGCACUGGGCUAUCGGGCCAUUAUGCAAGAGAUGUCUCCUACUGCUUUUGGCCUAACAGACUGGGAAGACGAUGAGAUAUUGGCGUCCGUCUUGGCCGUGUCACAACAGGAAUACCUCGAUAGCAUGAAGAAAAACGCCAUGCAUAGAGAACCUUCUCCAGAUAGCAGUUGAUAAAGGAGGGUUGAGGCACAAUCUGCAGUCGAAGCAGGAGGCAGAUACAUGGGGAUCAAACCAAUCACAUUCUCUCCAUCAUCAUGCAGUUCAUACUGUCCUUCCUUUCCUUCACCUAUCCAUCCAUCAGUUCAUCACUGGCCUCAGCCAUCCAGCAGUAAUGGCCCAUUGUUGUGAUACUCACCUAAACACUCCUUUUCUUUCUUACGCCAUUCACACCAUCAUCAUCAUCAUCAUUGGACUUCUUUAAGUGCAUGUGAAAAUAAACAUGACUGAUAUCAUUAUAGAAUACAUGGGGGAAAUAAAAAGUUAUUGAAAAAAAAAGUCAUACUUUAUCCUCUUAAUAAUUGAUUAAUAUAAUCUUGUUUUAUUUUCUUGUUUGGGAUGAAAAUGCUCUUUUUUUCUUGGAAUAAAAAAAGAACUUUCUGAAGAAAUGUA